UACUGCGCUACCGAGGCUUGUGGAAUACUUUGCCACUAAAGUUGUAUUUAUUUGAGAAAUACUUAACAGCACGUGGAAUAAAUUCUACAAAAUAAACUUUAAAAGCUGCGCAAUGGAUAGUGUGAGUGACUGAUUUUGUACUGUGAAGUGAAAAUGAAAGUCUGUCUAUCGUAAAAACUACUCAUUUGUUCUUAAAAUGCUUAGCCCAGAAGUAUGGGACUUUAAGCCUCCUCAACAUCAUUUUUCUACUCUUUUAGAAAAGAGAGAUUUCAAAAGAACAGAUGUACUGGACAUAGUUGGGACACACUUCUUCAAUCAUUCUGUAUCUUUGGUGCUUCCUGACACCGUCAGAAUUCCGGAUGAAUUGCAAACUUGCGUUUUAGAAGAUAGUGAUUAUUAUCGCAUCAAUGCAGUGAACGUAUCUGACUUAAUAAACAAAGAAUUCAUUGAGGCAUUUGUUAAAAAAGGAGAACUGAGCCUAUUGACAAUUGGAAACAAAAUAGACUUGGAUAAUGCAAUUGCUAUUACUCCUACUGGUCAUUUAAUACUGACAUUAUUAACUGAAGACUUUCAAACACUUGGUUUAGAAGGAAAGGUCUCGUUUUUUGACCGUAAAGUACAUACACGUUAUGUCGUGACAAUUGAUUUAAAAUCUGAAAGCUUUACGCCUGGCAAGAAGAAUUAUGAGCGUGUUCGAACAUCGUUAAAGGAACGUUUUAAGCAUAAAUUCGAUGUAAUAAUUUCUUGGAAUCCACCAGAUGAAAAUCUAUGCCCAUCAUCGGUAGCAGCAUGGUUUUAUGAGCAUCAAUACAACGUCCUGCUUUGUCGUCAAACUUUUAUGCAAAAAACUGAGUAUUCUCUGAGAAUACCAAUAAUUUCAGAAGACAGUGAUAACGAUAAAUUUUUUGAGUGGCUUGGAGUUCUUAGUAUUUCCGGUGAAUUGAAAAAUACUAAAUCAGAUGACUAUGUAAAUACAUAUGUCUGUCCAUCACCUUCUGUAGAUGUUGGUCAAGUAAAAUAUUUACAAUGGACUGGGUUUUUUACAAGGCAGCAAGUAACAUGUUUAUAUAAGGCCAUAAAAGAAUAUGUAUUGAUGCGAAACACUAUGCCAUGGUGUGCUUUACAUGUACAGGGAUUUUCAGAUAGUCCAGUUAGCUGGGAUUUAAAGGAACACACGUUUUAUACUGACGGUGAUAAUAGUUACACCAUUGUAUUUAGACCAGCCGCUAAUUCUAUUAUACGAAAAAGUCUGAGUUCAAAUAAUAAACCAAAGAAUAUUCAAUGAUCAUACAUUUUUUUUCUUUCUUGUAAACUGUUCAACGAGACAAAUAAAAUUUUUAUAUGAGACGAAAUAAAUUAUAUUUUGCAAUUUACGUUAUCAUUUAUUAUGAUAUAGAGAAUAAUAAACGAUCGUGAGUAACAUUUGAUUUAAUAUAACAUCACUUUACAUCGAUAUUUUUUGCAAAGAAGUAAGCAAAAGUUAAGUGUGUUGGAAUGUGUAUUCAAUAAUUAAACUGAAACGAAGCACUCGCUAAAGGCUUUCUGGUAUUAUAGUAUAAAAUAGAUUGUAUAAAUUAACUUUGACUAUGGGGUUUUUAAAUUAUUUUUCUUUGACUAAGUAAAUGCUUAAUAAAUGCUGUGCCGCGAAAGCAUUUAUGUACUAUUACAUUAUUACGAAAAUUAUGCUAAAAUUAGUCGUGGUGUCACAUUAUUGCACAUACUAAACUUACAAAGUGGAAAAGAUCAUCACAUUAUUAAUUAUAUUAAUUGUUUUGUAAAAUUACGAGACUAGAAAUCAAUCUAAAUUGAGCGUUCGCAUGUAAAUUA